AUGGGUUGUACAAGUUCACAUCAAACCGAAUCAACGAAAGGCGUGACAGGUUUACCACCUGCAACGAUUGCUGAUGAUGGCCAUCAGCUAAUUACUGAUCAUUUUCGGAAAUGGUUAAAAACAAAUCGACCACAAGCAGAUGAAUAUGUUUUAAAUGAUGUUUUGUCGACGGCACAACCAUCGAAUGAGGCUGAAGAUUAUAAGACAAUUGUUAGCAAAGCACUUGAUCUCCUCGCCGACCGGCAUGACAUUAAAUCAACAAAUAAAUUAGGUAAACUUGUACAAAAAGAAAUUACGUUAGCAUCGCCGAAGAAAGUUGCUCAUACAAUAACCGUUCUAAAACAAACCGCAGAUAAACUUCGUAGUGGAAGUAUUCAAUUAGAGACUGAUCAACAAUUGACUACGAAUGAACUGACAAAUGGUGCGACAACGUCAGAAAAUAAAAGCCUCCAAGUGUCAUCAGGUGAACCAGGCAUCGCUCUGAAAGAAGCGUUAGAGAAAGCACGUGUCCUUUUCUACAAGGGUAAACAAGCUGCUAUCUUUGCUAAUCCACAUGGUGGUUAUGAUGUUCGAAUUUUGGAUGAAAAUGAUGAGACAGUCAAUCAUGAUGGUAAUCUUCUUCGUUCAAUUAUUGUUACCGAAGUCAAACUGCGCCCAAAGACGACGGCAACGACAACAACAACUAAUUCAACUUUAUUCUCAUCAGCAACAAGCCCACCGCCGUCAAAAUUACUUGACGAAAAUGAAAUUACUGAUGAUUUUCGUCGUUCGAUCGAUGCUGCUCUCAAAGGACUUGAAGCGGUUUAUCAAGCCCCACCUACAACAUUAACAACUAUAUCUGAACAUGUGCAAGAAGUACAAGUGGAGAAACCUAUUCAAAAAACAUCUCCACCAACACCAUUAAUCCUUCAAUAUGGCGUUACAAAUGCUCCUUUACCCAAGUCACUCUCUAAAGAACAAACAGCUCUACCAACAGAACAACCAGCACCAUCAGCACCUAUUGAUCACACAUUUCACCUCGCUGAAAUUAUUCGUCAAAUGGCUGAACAACAAAAACUCGUUGCUGAACAGUUAUCAUCUGAUGAGAAAGAAGUUGACGUAAGUGAAAAUGACAUCCAACCAAAACUUGUCGAAGCUGUUGAUGAAGUAAAUGAAUUAAUGAUGGAUGUAGUCGAAGUAACAACUUGUAGUGAAAUCGGAAAUCCAAUGCCGCCGUUAGAACACGCAACUGAAGAAGUCGUUGCUCCUAGUGACGUACCCGAAGAAGAAAUAGAAGGUCCUAUCGAACGAAUGGUUAAAGAAAUCAAAGCACACGGAGAGAAAUUUGAAUCCAAAGAAAGUUUAUCGACUAUAACGACUUCAACUAAACAGCUAUCGUCAUAUUCGCUUGGUUUAACAUCACCCCUAUCUAAUGAUUCAAUUGCAACAUCAUCUCCUCCUUCAGCUCCUUCUCAUCAUCAUAAAGUUAAAUUACGCAGCGAAAAUCGUCCGAAAUCGUUCAUUUCUACUGAUGAACCUGUUAGUAAGGAUCGAUAUGAUUUCAUCAAACAAAUGUCACUAGAUGAAUUAGCACAUUUAACUCAAACAGGUCUCUCAAAUCCAAAUUUAACAACAUCUGUUACAAAACUUGGCAUAUCGACAUCAUCAGGCAAAAUUGAGGAAGAAGGUCAACCGCCUGUCGUCACUUCUGAUGCACCAGAGAAAAUACCUGCGUCGAUCAGUCAAAUUAUCGAAGAACAUCGCACAAUUCUCGAUGAAUCAGUUGGCGCUGUGUCACCGCCAGCAACUGUCGUAACUCCAGUUGAAACUCAAACAAAAGUCAAAUCGCCAAGUCAUAACGUGACAUACACAGAAAUUAUCCAUUCAGAAUCGCGAGAUGGCGAACAAUCACGUCGUUUCGUAACGGAAUCCUACGAUGAGCAUCCAUCGAAUGAUGAUGAACAAACAACAACGUUGAAAGUUAUAACCAAAUCUGAAUUCUCCAAUCAUCCAACAUCGGGUGAGAAAAUCAUGGAGCAAAGUGUUCAAGUUAUAACCGUUAAAGUUCGAAAUGAAACGAUUAAAACUACUAUUCAACAAGCAUCUGUUCCGACAGUAGUAGCAGCAUCGACUGAUAACGAGACAACNGAAUCCUACGAUGAGCAUCCAUCGAAUGAUGAUGAACAAACAACAACGUUGAAAGUUAUAACCAAAUCUGAAUUCUCCAAUCAUCCAACAUCGGGUGAGAAAAUCAUGGAGCAAAGUGUUCAAGUUAUAACCGUUAAAGUUCGAAAUGAAACGAUUAAAACUACUAUUCAACAAGCAUCUGUUCCGACAGUAGUAGCAGCAUCGACUGAUAACGAGACAACAACGUAUGAACGACGACCGGUUAGUGAACUUGUCAAAAAUUUUGAAGUAGUCACGGGUAGUAAUGGUACUAAUACAUGA